UUAUUCGUAUUCCUCAACGAAUGGUGUUGGUGUCUAUAAUUUCAAUAUUAUAACGGCAAAUUCAGUUUUUUAAUAAGAACGACAAGUCUUUGUUACUUGCCGCAGAAUUAAUCAUCUACAAAUAAUAUUUAUCUUCAUUUAAACAUGAAGUUCUUUGUGUUAACGUUCACUGUAAUAUCAUUCUUUGUUGCUACUCUUGCUAAAAUUGAAACCGAAGAUGAGGUUUUAGUGCUGACGAAAGACAAUAUUGAGGAGGCUAUCGAACAAAAUGAUUACAUACUUAUUGAAUUUUAUGCUCCAUGGUGUGGACAUUGCAAAGCUUUGGCACCUGAAUAUGCCAAGGCAGCAAAGAAAUUGCAAGAAACUGAUUCUCCUAUAAAAUUAGCUAAAGUUGAUGCAACUGUAGAGACACAAUUAGCUGAGAAACACGGACUUCGUGGUUAUCCCACCCUUAAGUUUUAUCGUAAAGGCCAUGUCAUUGAUUAUAGUGGUGGUCGUAAAGCAGAUGAUAUUAUAAAUUGGGUAACAAAGAAAGCUGGUCCAGCUGCUAAAGAUUUACCAACAGUUGAAGAUGUUAAAUCAUUUAUUGAAGCAAAUAAUGUUGCAAUUGUUGGAUUUUUCAAGGAUACAGAAUCUGAGGGAGCAAAGGUGUUUUUAGAAGUUGCUAAUGCUGUUCAUGAUCAUGCAUUUGGUAUAAGUAGUAAUGAGGAAGUUUUCAAGGAAUAUGAAGUAGAAGAUGGCAAAGUUAUAUUGUUCAAGAAGUUCGAUGAGGGCAGAGAUGAGUACAACGACGAACUUGAUGUUAAAAAAUUACAAAGCUUUAUUUCUGUACAUUCAUUGCCUAUAGUUGUUGAUUUUAAUCAAGAGACUGCACAAAAAAUAUUCAAUGGUGAUGUCAAGAGUCACUGUCUUCUCUUCCUUAGUAAAGAAGCUGGUCAUUUUGAAGAAUACAUAGAACAUGUUAAGGAACCAGCUAAGAAAUUCCGUGGAGAGGUUUUGUUUGUAACAAUUAAUACUGAUGAGGAUGAUCACUCGAGGAUCUUGGAAUUCUUUGGUAUGAAGAAAGAUGCAGCACCCACCAUGAGGAUCAUCAAACUGGAAAGAGAUAUGAUCAAGUAUAAACCUGAGAAACCCGAAUUAACUAGUGAAAGUGUUAUGCAAUUUGUAACUGAUUUUGUUGAGGAUAAAUUAACAAGAGAUUUGCUUACACAACAAUUACCUGAGGAUUGGGAUAAGAACCCCGUAAAAGUUCUUGUUAGUACUAACUUCCACGAAGUUGCAUUUGAUAAAAACAAGGACGUUUUAGUUGAAUUUUAUGCUCCAUGGUGUGGACACUGCCAGCAAUUAGCUCCUAUAUAUGAAGCACUUGGAGAAAAAUACAAAGAUAGUGAAGAUUUAGUCAUAGCAAAAAUGGAUGCUACUGAAAAUGAAUUAGAAAAUAUAACGAUUAUUAAUUACCCUACGAUUACUCUCUUCAAAAAGGAAACUAAUGAAGCUGUAGAAUACAAUGGUGAGAGAACACUUGAAGGACUUUCUAAGUUUAUUGAAUCUGGCGGAACUUACGGUCAGGCUGCUGAAGAAGCUCAAGAGGAAGAUGAAGAUGAUGAUGUGCCAAGAAAAGAUGAAUUAUAAAACAUACAUCAUCAUAAAGAGACUUAACUUGUACUUGCUGUUUAUAAACUUUGUAUUUCUGCUUGAAAGAUAUUAAUUUAUAGGAAACUUUUUAAUCAUUCAUCAUCAUUUUGUUAUUUCAGACUUCAGUUGAUUGGAUAUUCAGUGUACAAGUACUUAUUAAGUAUUUCUUUGCAGUUUUACAUACGGUUUGUUGGUAUAGGAUGAUUUUAAUAACUUGGCCGAGCUAUAACUCUGUUAAAGUGAUGGUAGAAAAAACAAUUUUUUUUUUCUGUUUUCACUUUCACCAGAGAAUGACUUGCUAUUAAAAUCAUCUUGUAUGUAUGUAUGUAUGAAAUAUAUAUACAUGUAUAUGAGAACAAAUGUGCAUACGAUUGGCAACUUCUAUUCCGAUGUGUGCUCGAUAUGACUGAGUAUCUGAUGUGAUAAAUUGCACAUAGUUGGAUAAAACAAUUUAUUUUAUAUGUGUUAUACUUCAAAUGUAUUUUACAUAUACAUGUAAUACAAACGUAACGUCUAUAUCAAAAUACAAUUUAGGAGUAAGGCGAUUGUGCCACUCGUAUCAUUCUUAUCUUUCUUUUGUGUGAAUUUUUAUUUUUACUUUUUGGAAUCUAAUAUCAGAUACAAUAUCUGUAUCUUGUGAUGUUGAAUGUAUGAAGGUGAACUCGAGAAAAAUUAUUAAGCUAAGAUUCUCGUAAAGUUGUGAAUCGUAUUUUAUUUUUAUAAGAAAAUUUUGUUUUUUAUUAAAUAUAUACACGUAUGCGCUCAUACAACACAUAUAUAAUAAAAAUUAUUGUCUCUAUUAUGAUAAAGUAGAAACUCUAAAGAGUUGUUUUACUAAAAUCUAUGAUUCACAAAUACAUUUCCAUUUACAGCAUUUAAAAUUCUCUAUCAUUGCAUAAUUUUGUAAACAUUUAAAAUAGAAGCGAUUUUGAUGGUUUCUUUAGUUCAAAUAAGUAAAAUUUUUGUAAAAGAAAUUUUAUUAUAUAUUAAUAUAUAAAUAUGUACGAUAUUUAUAGUUAUACCAUUCCCAUAAACAGAUUUCAAUAAAUAAUACAUAGUUCAGUUGAUAAUUUAAUGGUUAACAAUUUAACAUAUAUAUUAAGAGAAACUGUAAAAUAUAAAUACUUUGUACUCAUAUAUAUAUAUAUAAUAUUAUAUGUAGUACGGUAGUAAAAGGAGUGCAGUUAACACUUUGAGCGAUAUGCAAUGUUUUAAUGAUAGUUUACUGUAUAUUAUUAAAUGAUUAAUUAUCUCUUCUUUA